AAAUACUUAACUAAUAGCUCUGAUCUGAAAUGAGUAGUUUCUCUCGUAUCGUCUUCGUCGUUUUCCCUACUCCCUGAGCCGAAAUAACGCUGGGAUCAAGUGAUUAAUUGCAGCGAAAAUGAUCGCAAAUUGCCUCCGAGCGAAAGCGGCAGCUCAGGUAGGAUGGUUGUGGAGGAAUGGGAUAUUGCCGCAGGCUGCAAUGUCGUAUGCGAGGUUUAUGAGUUCGGAGGCAUCUCUGGAAGCCGAGCCGAAGGAAACAAAGGGGUUUAAGGGCCACGAUAUGCUAGCUCCAUUCACUGCUGGAUGGCAGAGUACGGAUUUGCACCCUUUAGUCAUUGAAAGAUCUGAGGGUUCUUAUGUUUACGACAUUAAUGGGAAGAAAUAUCUUGAUGCUCUUGCUGGAUUGUGGUGCACUGCAUUAGGUGGAAAUGAGCCUCGCCUUGUCGCAGCUGCAACCGAACAGUUAAAAAAAUUGCCAUUUUACCACUCAUUCUGGAAUAGGACUACAAAGCCGUCCUUGGAUCUCGCAAAGGACCUCCUUGAAAUUUUCACAGUUAGAAAAAUGGGGAAGGCCUUUUUUACAAAUAGUGGUUCAGAAGCCAAUGACACUCAGGUGAAAUUGGUUUGGUAUUAUAACAAUGCAUUAGGAAGACCGAAUAAGAAAAAAUUCAUAGCAAGAUCAAAAUCAUACCAUGGAUCAACAUUAAUAGCAGCAAGUUUGUCCGGCCUUCCAGCUCUACAUCAGAAAUUUGAUCUUCCUGCUGCUUUUGUACUGCAUACUGACUGCCCGCAUUAUUGGCGUUUCCAUCUACCAGGUGAAACCGAGGAGGAGUUCUCAACCAGGCUGGCCAAUAAUCUGGAGGAACUUAUUCUUAAGGAGGGUCCGGAAACGAUUGCUGCCUUCAUAGCAGAGCCAGUCAUGGGUGCUGGAGGUGUCAUCCCUCCACCAAAAACUUACUUUGAGAAGAUUCAAGCUGUUGUAAAAAAGUACGACAUUCUCUUCAUUGCUGACGAGGUUAUUACUGCUUUUGGAAGGCUAGGGACCAUGUUUGGGUGUGAGAAAUAUGAUAUUCAACCAGACCUUGUGUCCAUGGCUAAAGCCCUUUCGUCUGCUUACAUGCCCAUUGGAGCAAUCCUUGUCAGCCCAGAAAUUUCGGAGGUUGUACAUUCUCAGAGCAGCAAACUUGGUUCAUUUUCGCAUGGUUUCACUUAUUCCGGGCAUCCAGUAUCAUGUGCUGUUGCAAUUGAAGCUCUCAAGAUUUACAGGGAAAGAAAUAUUGCUGAACACGUGCAAGCUAUAUCCCCAAAGUUUCAGGAAGGCAUCAAAGCUUUCUCAGAUAGCCCCAUUAUCGGGGAGAUAAGAGGCACAGGCUUGAUUCUUGGGACUGAAUUUACGGACAAUAAAUCUCCAAAUGAUGCUUUCCCCUCUGAAUGGGGCGUUGGAUCCAUAUUUGGAGCCGAAUGUCAGAAGCGUGGAUUGCUAAUCCGCGUUGCUGGAGAUAGCAUUAUGAUGUCACCUCCACUUAUCUUUACUGAGAAAGAAGUUGAUGAGUUGAUAGGCCUUUAUGGUGAAGCCUUGAAAAGUACAGAGAAGAGGGUGUUGGAGUUGAAAUCCCAAGCAAAAUAAUGGUGGUCAGAAGACGGUUGUCAAGUGACAGCGGUGAGACGAUGACAAUUGGGUCAUAUUAAUUAGGCUAUGGAGGUCGGGUAACAUUAGCUUGGCUAUGAUAAUUGAGUGAUGAUGGUCAAUGAAUAACAGUUGUGAGAAGACAAUGGGCCGAUGAUGGUCGAGCAAUGUUGUUCGGUGAUGGCAGUUAUUGGUGGUGAUCGUUGGCAUUGAUUGUCAACCAAGUAUAUAUAUAAUUUAUGAUUCUAUUCAUAUGAAGAAUUACUGUCAAUUUUUACUUUUUUUGAGUUUCAUUUAUGUAAUUAUAGCCAAAAUUCUAAAAUACUCCAUUUGAUGGCUUAUGUUGAUUCUCUUUAUCAUAAACAAUGCUAUAGGUAUUUAAAUUUCUUGAUGACA